CAGCCAGAUCAAUCAUGUGGGCACUGACAGCCAUCCUCCUCCUGGUUUCAAGCAGUGGACAAACAGCUACUUUGGAGAAGCCCAUAUUGUCCCUACACCCACCUUGGACUACAAUCUUCAAGGGGGAGCGGGUCACCUUGCGGUGUGAUGGGUACCACCCUCUGCUCCUGGAGCUGCGGCCCAUCAGCACUCUCUGGUAUUUGGGCCACCUGCUCCUGCCCUCACACAAGAAGAGCAUUGAGGUGCAGACGCCAGGGGUGUAUCGAUGUCAGACACGGGGAGCACCUGUUAGUGACCCCAUCCACCUCUCUGUAUCCAAUGACUGGCUGAUCCUGCAGGUUCCCUACGCUGCAGUAUUCGAGGGAGAAUCUCUGGUCAUGCGCUGUCGCGGCUGGUACGACAAGGUCGUCUACAAGCUUCACUAUUAUCGGGAUGACCAGGCUGUGCGCUACUUCCACUCCAGCGCCAACUACACGGUGCCGCAGGCGCGUACCAGCGAUAGCGGGCGCUACCAGUGCUCCGGCACCAUGCGCAUCCCUGUGGAGAGCGCGCCCAUGUUCUCAGCCAAGGUGGCGGUGACCGUGCAAGAGCUAUUCCAGGCGCCGGUGCUACGGGUGAUGGGCGAGAUGGAAGCCCGCGGCGCAGCCCCGGGCGGGGUGGUGGUGCGCUGCCAGACACACCUGCACCCGCAAAAGCAAGACACGCCGCUGCAGUUCGCCUUCUACAAGUACAGUCGCGUCGUGCGUCGCUUUGACUGGGGUGCAGAGUACACUGUCCCGGAGCCCGAGGUCGAGGAACUGGAAUCUCACUGGUGUGAGGCGGCUACCGCCACUCGGAGCGUCCGGAAACGCAGCCCUUGGCUGCAGCUCCCCCGGGGCGGCUCUCCUCUGAACUUGGCGUUCACCACCGUCGCGGCUCCACAGCCCGCACCCUUGGCUCCCAGUAACAUGCCGCUUUCCUUCAGAAAGCCUCCAGUGUCCAGAUCGAUUUCAUCUGUCACCUCCGUCCCAAACACCACCUCAUCAGGACUGCUGUUCUCCGCGGGCAGCGUCCCCACUGCUGGACCCCAGGCCUGUGCCCCGCCGUCGCCUUUGGAACAGUCGGCGGGAGCCUUGAAACCUGGCAUGGAUCUUCUGCUGAGAGAAAUGCAGCUGCUCAAAGGCCUUCUUAGCCGCGUGGUCCUGGAGUUAAAGGAGCCACAGGCCCUCCCGGGGCUAAGGGGAACACCCGAGACCCGCACUUCCCACUUAGCUAUGAGAGGGGGAACCACAGAGACCACUACUGUGGAAAGUUGA